AUGGGUUGCAUGACCUCCAAAGAAUCCGCCCCCCGCGCCCACCACGAAAAAAUAACCUACCCCGUCUGCCAAAGCUGCCACGAGAGUCCCGUCCGCGACGUACGCAUCCUCUGCCAACGUUGUAAAUACGCAAAGGCCACAAACAAGCAGAUCAAGCCCCGCUCAUUUUGUCCCUCCUGCAACGCUGAAACUCAAUAUCCCGGCGAGAUCUGUGGUGCCUGUUCUAUAAGAAAUUCGGACAAGAGUGCUUCAUCUAGAUUACCACCAAAUCUUUUGGCCACCACUGGGAAAGCAGGUAGUAGGGCUGCAUCGUCGAGGAGGCCACAUGGUCUCACGAUCAAGACAUAUCAGCGGUCAGGCGGGCCUACAGCACAAAGAAUACCACAAAGCAUUCCUUCCAAAACCGAGCGGUCAGGUGGAGCUGGGUCGACGUCAAGGGUACCGAAAAGUGCUCCGGCUAAGAGUACCAGACAGUCGGGCGGGUCUGCAGAAUCGAGCAUGUCGCACAGGCUUCCGAUUAAGAGUGAACGAGCUGAAGGGAAUGGGUCUUCGGGGAUUUUGCAAGGGUUUUCGAGUAGAACUGGACCGUCGAGUGGGUUUGAAGGGUCAAGGCUAUCACAGAGGCUUCCCAUUAGGAUGUCGGAUGAGAGGGCGCAUUUGAGGGUAUUUUAG